AUGGCUUCUUGCGUGCAUGUAAAUUCUCACGAUCUAAAGCCCCCAUCUCUCUCACAAGCUGUAUACCGAGAAGAUUGCACACAGUGUUUUGAUUCCAUCGACGAUGAAGCCGGUUUGAAUGUUUGCCUCACUUGCUUCAAUGGCGGCUGCGCUGGGGACAGAGAUCAUGCGUCUCUCCAUUUCAAGCGCCAUGGCCACCCCUUGGCAUUGAACAUCAAACGAAUUCGAAAGAAGGUCCAGCGUGAUGAGCCCCCACACAAAAUCUCAAAACUUGCAAUAGCUGCCGAAACAGAUGAAAACCGCUAUGACACAACCACGCGCGUUAUCUGUUAUUCAUGCGGUAAAGACGAGAUUGAUAAGACGAGUGGUGGACUAGCGAUGACCAUUGAUGGAGUCCUAAAUGCGAUGUCAUUCUCAAAACGAGAGGAGGUAAAGGCCUGGGAGCAGGAGUUCGUUCCUUGUGAACACACCCUCUGCCUGAAUCAACAGGAAUCCAGAAAUAUCGGGUCGAAAGACCUGAGUCAAUGUUCCAUGUGUGAUCUGAAGGAGAAUCUUUGGCUUUGCUUGGAAUGUGGCAAUCUUGGCUGCGGGCGUAGCCAAUUUGGUGGUAUAGGUGGAAACUCUCACGCCCUUGCACACGCGGACCGAACAUCCCAUGCGAUCGCCGUCAAACUUGGCUCGAUAACGGCAGAUGGCUCUGCUGACAUCUACUGCUACAAAUGCAACGAAGAGAGGACUGACCCAGACCUGGCUGUUCACCUUGCUCACUGGGGUAUUAACCUAGCGGGGCGUGAGAAAACAGAGAAAAGCCUGAUGGAGAUGCAGGUUGAACAUAACCUAAAAUGGGAAUUUUCAAUGACGUCUGAGGAUGGCCAUGAACUUAGCCCAAUAUUCGGGCCAGGGUUUACUGGUUUAGCCAAUCUAGGGAAUAGCUGCUACCUAUCAAGCGUCAUUCAAUGCCUAUUCGACUUGCCAGAAUUUCAACAGAGAUAUCGCCAUGAGAACGAAGAACCACCGCUCACAGAUUCCCCCGCGGAGGACCUUGAAACGCAACUGCGCAAACUCGCUGAUGGUAUCCUGUCAGGGCGUUACUCGCGAGCUGAUAUGGAUGUCAUUGUCGCACCCGACUCUCCAGAAGUCCCUCGCCAGAAAGGCCUAGUGCCGGCGAUGUUUAAGCAUCUUGUCGGUCGUGGGCACGAGGAAUUCUCGACAAUGAAACAGCAGGAUGCAUUCGAAUUCUUACUGCACCUCUUCAAACUCAUUAACUUAUCUAGGCAUCCAGAUAAUUUAAGCAGCCCCACCCACUCCUUCAUGUUCGCUAUGGAGCAACGUCUUCAAUGCGUGUGUUGCAAGAAGGUUCGCUAUAAGGUAGAUGAGCAGGACAAUGUUUCCAUCCCUGUCCCUGCUCGACGAUUAGCACUACCAGACGACACAACUUCUACUGGUCAAUUUGCACCGGUGACCCUCUUUGACUGCCUGGACGCCUCCACGUCGGAGGAGGUUGUUGACCUUGUCUGCCCUUCUUGUGGCAGCAAGGAUGGAUUUUCCAAGCGCUCUUCGUUCAGGACACUACCGCAGCAACUUGUCAUCAAUGCUCGGCGGUUUGAAUUGAUUAACUGGGUACCUACCAAAUUAGAUAUCCCAGUGGAUGUGAGCGAGGAGCCUUUGGAUUUAAGCCCAUAUCUUUCCUCUGGACAAAAAGAGGGCGAAGAGCUCCUGCCAGACAUCGAUGCUUCCAAAAGGGAUUUUGUGCCUAACCAAUAUGCUUUGGAUCAACUUCUCAGUAUGGGGUUCCCGAGGGCAAGGAGUGAGAAGGCACUCUACACGACUGGAAACUCGGAUUUCGAAGCUGCAAUGAACUGGUUAUUUGCUCAUCUGGAAGAUCCCGAUAUUGAUGAACCCUUGACUAUCAGCGAGAUCAGGGGGGGAGGAACCGACGCCUCACAUGACCCAGCAAAAGUGGCACAAUUGGUCGAAAUGGGCAUUGACGAGUCCCGUGCCAAACGAGCAUUGGGUGCCACAGGUGGUGAUGUCAAUAGAGCUAUCGACUGGGUGUUUAGCCACCCAGAAGCAGAUGCUGAAGGCUAUGGUCGUGAAUCAAACACCCAUUCUGAUGGUUGCCCUAGAAACCUCGGUUCUAGUGAUGUACCAGCUAGGUAUAAGCUUCGCUCUAUUGUCUGCCAUAAGGGUUCUUCAGUCCACGCUGGACAUUAUGUUGCCUUUGUCCGGAAGACUCUGCCAGGUCAGAAUGAACCAUGUUGGGUGAUGUUCAAUGAUGAGAAGGUUGUGAAGGCUGGGGACAUACAUGAGAUGAAGAAAUACGCAUACUUGUACUUCUUUUCACGGGUCUAG